GUAGCUGAGAGCAAGCAGCCUGGACUCCCUGGCUGGGAAAAGGACAGCUUUUCGGGGGGAAGAUUGCUGUGACUUCUUUUGGACACAAGGAGAAGGCUUUAUUUUGUUGAUGUGACCCGUUAGAUUGAUCAUCGGUCUCAUCUAGACAGCCUUUCUCCCUCCGGUAGUAGCCUUCACCAGCUGGAUGGAUGUCUGGAGUAGAAAUUACUGGCUCAAGUAGGAGGAGAUUAUCACUCCAUGCCGGAAGCUCAUCCUUUGUGCUGAUAACAGGAAAGAGAUGGAAGAUUGGAUUGCAGCACUGAAGACUGUACAAAACCGUGAACAUUUUGAGUCUACCCAGUACAGCAUGGACCAUUUCUCAGGGAUGCAUAACUGGUACGCCUGCUCACACGCUCGGCCAACGUACUGCAACGUGUGUCGGGAGGCACUAUCUGGAGUCACGUCACAUGGGCUCUCAUGUGAAGUGUGCAAGUUUAAAGCCCACAAGCGGUGUGCUGUGCGGGCAACCAAUAAUUGCAAGUGGACAACUCUGGCCUCCAUUGGGAAGGAUAUCAUUGAGGAUGAAGAUGGGAUCUCGAUGCCACAUCAGUGGUUGGAAGGCAACCUGCCCGUGAGUGCCAAAUGCACUGUGUGUGAUAAAACCUGUGGCAGUGUCCUACGUUUGCAAGACUGGCGCUGCCUCUGGUGCAAAGCCAUGGUACACACAGCAUGUAAGGAGUUGUUGCCAAACAAGUGCCCUCUUGGGCUGUGCAAAGUGUCUGUCAUUCCUCCUACUGCUCUUAACAGCAUCGAUUCAGAUGGUUUCUGGAAAGCUACUUGUCCCCCUUCUUGCACAAGCCCUUUGUUGGUCUUUGUCAACUCAAAAAGCGGAGACAACCAAGGUGUCAAAUUCCUCCGAAGAUUCAAACAGCUGCUGAAUCCAGCCCAGGUCUUUGACCUCAUGAAUGGAGGACCUCACCUUGGUUUACGCUUAUUCCAGAAAUUUGACACUUUCCGGAUUCUAGUUUGCGGUGGGGACGGAAGCGUCGGCUGGGUUCUCUCCGAAAUUGAUAGCCUCAAUCUUCACAAGCAAUGCCAGUUGGGAGUCCUGCCCUUGGGCACAGGGAAUGACCUUGCCCGCGUGUUAGGCUGGGGCUCUGCUUGUGAUGAUGAUACCCAGCUCCCACAGAUCCUGGAAAAGCUGGAGAGGGCCAGUACCAAAAUGUUGGACAGGUGGAGCAUCAUGGUGUAUGAAACCAAACUCCCUCGCCAGGCUUCCACUUCCACAGUCACUGAAGAUUUCAGUGAGGAUUCUGAGGUGCAGAAGAUUCUCUUCUAUGAAGACUCUGUGGCUGCUCAUUUGUCCAAAAUUUUGACUUCUGACCAACACUCAGUGGUCAUCUCCUCAGCCAAGGUGCUUUGUGAGACUGUGAAGGAUUUUGUGGCUCGAGUAGGCAAAGCCUAUGAGAAAGCAACAGAAAGCUCAGAGGAAUCGGAGGUCAUGGCCAGGAAGUGCUCUGUCUUGAAGGAGAAGCUGGACUCAUUGCUGAAGACACUGAAUGAUGAAUCUCAAGCAUCUUCGUCUCUGCCAAACCCUCCUCCCACCAUCGCAGAGGAAACCGAAGACGGUGAUGGGUCAGGCAGUGCUUGUGACUCUUCGAGUGACCGGUCGGUGGGCUCGUCGUGUACUGCGCGGCCCCAGAUAUUUCGCCCCCGAGAACAGCUCAUGUUGAGAGCCAACAGCUUGAAAAAAGCCAUUCGUCAGAUAAUAGAGCACGCAGAAAAAGCUGUAGAUGAGCAGAACGCCCAGACCCAGGAGCAAGAGGGCUUCCUCCUUAGUCUCUCAGCCUCUGAAGAGGGCAAGGAGCUGAGGAACAAGGAUAAAAUCUCCCUGCAGUCAUCUCACAGCAGCAGCUAUGGAGUGUCCAAAGGGAGGAGCCAGCGGAAAGCCUCCAAGUCUCCUUGUGAAAGACUAAUAAACAAAGGAAGUUUGUCACUGGGCAGCUCUGCAUCUCUUCCUCCCCAGACAGGAAACCGGGACAACUUGCCAAUGCUGAACACAAAAAUCCUCUACCCAAAUAUCCGUGCUGGCAUGUCUGGUUCUUUGCCUGGGAGCUCUGUCAUCAGCCGAUUGUUGAUCCACGCUGAUCCCUUUAACUCUGAGCCUGAAAAUCUUGAAUGUUACACAGAGAAGUGUGUUAUGAAUAAUUACUUUGGAAUUGGACUGGAUGCAAAGAUUUCUUUGGACUUCAACAACAAACGUGAUGAGCACCCAGAGAAAUGCAGAAGUCGUACUAAAAACAUGAUGUGGUACGGAGUACUGGGGACCAAGGAGCUGCUACACAGAACAUAUAAAAACCUGGAGCAGAAGGUCUUGCUGGAGUGUGAUGGGAGGCCCAUCCCUUUGCCCAGUCUCCAGGGAAUCGCCGUGCUCAACAUUCCCAGCUACGCAGGAGGCACCAACUUCUGGGGAGGAACCAAGGAAGAUGAUACAUUUACAGCCCCCUCCUUCGAUGACAAGAUUUUGGAGGUGGUGGCAGUGUUUGGUAGCAUGCAGAUGGCAGUGUCACGAGUGAUAAACCUACAGCAUCACCGGAUUGCACAGUGUCGGACGGUGAAGAUAGCAAUCCUGGGAGAAGAAGGAGUUCCUGUGCAAGUGGAUGGAGAAGCCUGGAUCCAGCCUCCAGGUUACAUUUGGAUUGUUCAUAAGAACAGAGCGCAGACCCUCACCCGAGACAGGGCAUUUGAGAGCACCCUGAAGUCCUGGGAGGACAAACAGAAGUGUGAGUUGUCCCGACCCUCCUCUUUCUCUCUGCAACCAGAGAUCAUGUCUGAAGAAGAAUCCACCCAGAUCAACCAGUUUGGUCAAGCUGCAGGUGCUCUGAUCCACAGCAUUCGGGAAAUAGCCCAAUCCUAUCAGGACAUGGAACAGGAGCUUGCCCAUGCUGUCAAUGCCAGCUCCAAGUCUAUGGACAAAGUCUACGCUAAAUCCAAGUCUACAGAGGGUCUGAACUGCAGCCUUGUUGUAGAGAUGGUGAAUAAUGUCAAAGCCCUGCAUAAUGAGACAGAGCUGCUGCUGGCGGGCAAGAUGGCACUGCAAUUAGAUCCUCCACAGAAGGAGCAGCUCCAAGCAGCUCUGGCAGACAUGGACCUCCAGCUGAGGAAACUGGCGGACAUCCCUUGGCUGUGGCAGCUCGUGGAGCCCUGCGAUGAGGAGAACCAGAUGCUGGAUUAUUCUAAACGCAGCCGCAGUGGCAAAUUCCGGCUGGUGACCAAGUUUAAAAAGGAGAAGAACAACAAAAAUAAGGAGACUCAUAGUAGCAUGGGAUUGCCGGUUCACCUCUGGGGAACGGAGGAGGUUGCGGCCUGGCUUGAGCAUCUCAGUCUCUGUGAGUAUAAGGAUAUCUUCAUCCGACAUGACGUCCGGGGCUCUGAGCUCCUGCACCUCGAACGGAGGGACCUCAAGGACCUGGGUGUGACCAAAGUGGGUCACAUGAAGAGGAUACUACACGGGAUCAAGGAGCUGAGCCGGAGUACUCCUGCCAGCGAGGUUUAGCCUCUGUUUUCACAGCCUGUGUCUACCAUUCCCCCUAACUGCACAGCAGUCACCUCACAGAGCAGAUGUGCUCGCAACUGUCUCUCUCCUGGACAGCCAAACUGGAGCUUUUCGGAGCUCAUAUCAACCCAGCAUGGUGCUACCUUUUUUCCUGUGGGGUACGGCUGCAUCCAGCCCAGAGGCACCUUAUCUGCGGUCAGCAGAGCCUCCCGCAAGAGAACUCACUUGCUGUUUGAAGAACCAUGUCCUCAGACGUGGGAAGUUCUGGUUCCAGUGACAGUGCAGGACUCCUGAGAAUUGCAACACAGCUACCUUUACUGGAUAACUUCAUCACAGUAGAAUUAUUCAGGGCAAAAGAUAUAUUGGCCAGUCUUCUUAGUUCAGGAGCAUCUUGACAGUCUUUUCAGACCCAAAACUUUCCCGCUCACCUGUGUGUCACACCUGUAUCUUAGAGCAUUUAAGGGGGACAAAGCUUUGUCUUUGUGUCUUACCAAUCCCUUUUUAAUGCAUUCACAUCAGAAAUUCAAAGCCAGUACAGACCUCUUGUCCACGAGUACCCAGUGAUUCUCACCCACUUAUGCCUUGCAACAAACAAUGCAUGUGGUUCAAACAGCGGUUCCACCAGCUCGUGGGGUCUUCCGCAGGGCCUGGCGCUCCUCUUCCAGCCAGUGGCAAUGGUACAACCUUCAGGUUUUCAGGCAUCACAAACAAUUGGUCAAAAAUUCCUGGCAGUAAGAAAAGACAAAAUCCUGGAGAGCCAAAAAGAUUGCAGGAGGUCAGCUCUGACACUCCCCCUUCUGAAUUGAUCUUCUGGAGACCGGAUGAAAGGCAAAGAAACAUUAACCAGCUGUUUGGGCUGUGCGAGAAGUGGAGUAACGGAGUGAGAAAUGGAACAAUUUGCUCCAUUUGGGGGGAGCAGCAUGACUGGCAACAGCCAGGAGUGGCUUCCUGCCCAUUCAGUGCCACCUUCGUGGCCACGGACAACAGAGCUGUUUCUUUAUUUCAACUUGCAGUGCAGAAAAUGAUUUCUGUCACAAAAGAGAAUGAUUUAUCUGUAGUGCUUGCAUCUUUUCGCCUGUCUUAGUUCUAGUGGCUUUUCCACCUUGCUUCUCUCUCUUGCUGCCUUGCUCCUUCGCUCCAAGGUGGACACCAAAAGAUUAGGGGGACUCCUCCUGGGUGGUACCCCUGAGUGAGAUACCGUGUGGUGUCAAACAUCAGGGCUCCUGUAAGAGCACUGCCAUAAGGAGGAUUGUCACUGAGCAGAUGAGCACCAUCACGAAAACUGGAGCAUGUUGGUAAAUUGCUUUUGGUACCACCGGCAGUGGAGCAUGGAGAAAUUAGUGCCUCUGAAUCAGAGUUCCUAGAUGGCCUUCAAAUUUCCACUGUAUUGCCUGACCCCAGUUGAAUGACUGUUAAAGCCCGAAGACCAGCAUGGGAAGCUAUAUUGCCAUGUUUAUCACUGCGAAGGGAACUCAGGAACAUUCAGUGCUGUAAAGCUGGAGAGACAGCAGGAAUUUUUAAUUACUUUGUCAUUUUGUAUGUAUUUAUUUUUUUUUUUAUUACUACAGAGUGGCGCCUUUCUGGCUGUGGCUGCAGACAGAAAAAUGGCCACAUACACAGUGGCAUAAAAGAUAAUUUCCUGAGGACAUCGUUCUUUUUUGUAAUUUGUAAGGAUUUUAUCACACUGACAUCAGCUCUCUCGUCUAACAGCAAUCAGUCCAGUUAUUUUAUGUAAAGACUUGUCAGCUUAAAAAGGUUAUGGGCUGAUUUCAUGCCGGGCAAACUCAAUUGCAUUCUUUAAGAUUUCACCCAGGAUUAUUCUGACUCUCCCUGUCUGUUUUUAACUGGUUGUCAUUCACCUACGUGUCUCCCCUCAGCCUAGCUCAUGAGAAAUUAACAGAAGAUUAAUCGUGCUUGGUCCAGAUAGCAAAAUUUCCCAUAUGAGUACCCUGAGGACUGAGCUUUGCCCUGAGUUUGUUUCUUCUAUCUAUACAUUGGCAAUUACUUCCAUAGCCAUAUUUUUUCUUUAUCAGUAUAGCAUCCCCUCACUGUAUUAAAUUCCUGAGAUAUCAAAUCAGUAAGAAUUGUAGACAUGCUGUAUUUUCCCACUUGCUCAUUGAGGCACAGAGCAGAGUCUGCACAAGAAUGAGGAGAACCCUUCACUAAGGAGAGCUCCAGGACACGACCACCCUUGCUGGUGACAAUGAGGUGCAGCCAGCUGCCUGUCCCCAGGAGUGUUAGGACAUUCACGGGCCUGCCCAGGAGAGCACAGUGGGAAGCACGAUGCAGAUGAUAACUCUGGAGAAGAGGGGAGAUCUGUGUUUGUGGUCAAGGAGCUGUUCUUGUUGUGAAGCUUCUCCAGGCAACCUCGUGGUUAAACGUGCAUGAACAAUAUGCACUUGCCUUGCAUCAUUCCUGGGGGAUUGAAUUCUUGCCUCAAUAGAAACAGCUCCUCUCCCUGCUUAGAGGAACAGGGGAAUCCAAAGAGUUUAUAGAUUCAGGCAUGUUCCUUAAUUCCUGCCAUAUCUGAGGAGGCAUUUCGGCCAUCAGCUAUGAGUGAUGAUUCUUGCACAGAGCAGUCUUCGUUUCUUUUAAUUUUAUGAUCUGUCACGUUGAUGGAUUCAAAUCCUUUUUGUGUACGUGCACAUUUUAUCCAAGGAUUCAUAGCCAGUAUAUUCUUAUCUAUUACUUCCCUUAGGCAGGGAGGGAGUUCUACCUUCUUUUAAGAGCUAGAAAAUGAGAUCCACAUUUAACCUGAGUGCCUUUGAAUUAUGUAUUAAGGUUUCUAUCUCACAGAAGGGUUGUAGCUCUAUGUGUCUCACUGGGAAUAAUGCAGAUUUCUGUUGCAGAGAUUUUGUGAAUAGAUGAGGACAAAUUGUGUCACACAUCAGUGAGAGCUGUCUGCAAAGUAGGGAGCCAGGCUGAAGCUCUGGCUACAUCAUUACAAGUUCCUCUUCUGGCAUCCGAUAAUUUUUCAUGGGAGAGAAACUCAGGAAAGACAAUUAGUAAAAAAAACUUUGCCAAAAAAAAAAAAAAGAGACUCUCCUGCAGUCUCAGGUAAAACACCAGCUUGAGAGAAGUGUUUUAAGAGACUGUUUAGUCUCUUAAAAAAUGCUAUUUGUGUGAAAGCCGUGCGGCACGUUCUGAUUAUCAUCCCCCAGCCUUGGCAGUGAUGCUGGGGCAGCGGCUGCAGUGAGCUGCAGUGUCUUCUGCUAGGAAGAGGUUUCAGCAUCUUAUCUCACAUUCUGGCACUGCCCCCAAUAUUUAACUUUAAUGGCAGAUUCUGGGGAAUAGCAUCCCCUGCCUUGCGGUGUUUGGGCUCAGUGGGAGCGCAUGCAAUGGAGACUUGAGGGAGGUUUGGCCCGUGGAGCAGCUCUCAGCAGCCUCCUGGAGGGCCAUUAGGGAUAAUUAAUGUCUUUCUGGUUUGGCUUGUGGCACCUGGGUGGUGAGAGGUGUCCUGGCCAGGCUGCCUGAGAGCCUCCAGCUCUGCUCAGGCCUUCAGUGCCAGCCCUGGAAACAUUUCUGCACCCGGAUGGUAUGGAAAGCUUUGUUCAUCGUUUUAGUAUUAUUUAAAAAUGUGCAUACUAUCUAUGUGAUUUAAAAAAAAAAAAAAAGACUGUUUACACAAAAUAUUUUGUAUCUUAAGAUGUGUGUACUGUAAAAAGGAAAAAAAAAAAAGGAAAGGAUGAAAAAUGAUGUUUUUCUACAGCUGUCAGCAGUGACUGCAUGUCUAUAUCAUCGUCCACCGACCGUUGUUCCUCAGGGGUCUCCCCGCCAUUCCUGUGAUCCUGUCAAAAAGCAUAAGGAAGCAAGUGAAUCCCUGUACAGUCUUGGGAAGAAGGUUUUGUGCCUUAAGAAUGGGACCUGCUUCCCUCCUAUUUAUUGUGUUAAUUUAUACAGUGAUUACCAUGGAAAUGUCUCUUGUAAUUUUUUUUCUGUACAUAGUUUACUGUUGAUUGUUGUAAAUAAGUUUUUUCUUGUAUAUAAAGUAAACCUGUUUCUGAGCUUCCAGUAAAGAUUCUCUGUUACUGAUUUUGUUGUGUGAGAGGGCUGCGGAGCCCGUCUGCUGGGAACCAGCUAAUAAAAAUCUGUGCUGUGAUAAAACGA